CAUUGUUGUUGUUUUUGCACUACAAAUAAGACAUAUGCAGUGUGCAUAGGAAUUUGUUCAUUUUUCUUUUCUUCAAAUGAUCAUUUGGCCCCUCAACAGUCUGAAGGAUUGUGGACCGGCCCUCUGCUUUAAAAGUUUGAGGACCCCUGGUCUGAAGGAUUGUAGCCGGGCCCUCUGCUUUAAAAGUUUGAGCACCCCUGGUGUCGAUCUUCCCUUUUUAGACAGCUCGGAUCCUCUGGAUUUCUCCUGAAAAUCGCGUUCAAGGGAUGAGAAGGAGAAACGUUGGAGACCAAACACCCGGCUUGGAGGGGGGAAAGGCUUUUACAGCCAGGCUUCAAAUUAAUCCCAAAUGAAGGCGCUUUCUUCCAAAAGAAUUGAAAAUUGGCAGGUCAGCUCCCCGCCAAGGGAGUUUGUUUUCUGGGUGAGCAGAGGGCGCUAGGACCCCGCGGAGGAGGCGAGCUGAAGAGACAAUAAUUUGUUCCAUUGUAAGGCGAACCUUUCGGGCGAAGCCUUGGCAAAAGGGGCACCGCUUGGCCCUCCUUCCUUCCUCCUUCCUCCCCGUUGGAGCCAAGUGGGGCAGCAACGGUCAACGGGGCUUGGCUGUGCCAAAAAGGAAGAAAAAAAAAGGGACCGACAGUUUAAAGAUGAGAGCAAAGCCCAACUUUUCCUCCUCCUCCUCCUCCGCCUCUGCUGGAGCAGGAGGGGUCGGGGAAUCCGCUCCACGCAGGAAAUCUCUCACAUCCUGAGUGGCCCAGAGCUCGCUCUUUCUCUCUCUCUCUCUCUCUCUGUGUGCGCGAGAGUGCCUGUCUCUGCCUGCGUGGAGGCUCGCUUCAUGGGGCGGCGGGGAGGCCUGGGCUGAGGAAGAUGUCCCGGCGCCUCCAGGCGGGAAGGGAAGCCUCCCUUACGGCUCUUUUCCCUCCCCACACCCGGCGGUGGUGCUGCUGCUGCCUCCAGCUGCUCAGCCUGGCCAGCUUCCUUUUCCCGCCCGCCGCAGGGACUCAAGGAGGGGAUGCUGAGAGUAAACUAAAAUUCUCUAGGCAAUGGAUUCCAAAGAACAAACCCGAGCAGUAUGAAAUAACAGUCCCUUAUUUCAUGAAUGGCCAACAUUGGAAACCAAUGAAGAAUGUUUAUCCACAGAUUCAUCCAGCAAGACUGAAAUUUCUUAUACAGGUGGAGAGAGAGCAACUUGUCAUCAGUUUGGAGAGAAAUGAUGGCCUUUUUGCUGGAAAUUUCACAGAAACACAUUAUUUGGAAGAUGGUACAGGUGCUGUUCUCAUGCGAAAUUACACGAAUCACUGCUACUACCAUGGUCAUGUACAGGAUUAUGCCAUAUCUGCUGUAAGCAUGAGUACAUGCUUUGGACUCAGGGGACUGAUUUCAUUUGAAGAUAAAGCCUAUAUUUUAGAGCCUUUGGAAGGUGCUACAAAUGAACACAUAAUUUACCGCGCAACGAGCCUGAAACUAGCCCCAGGUUCUUGUGGCCAUCAUCUCAACAUCUCAGCCAUCACACUGGAGGAUACUGUACAGUCUAUUCAGACAUUUACAAGUCGACACAAGAGGGACGCACUAAAAUCCACCAAGUAUGUGGAGCUCAUUAUUGUUGCUGAUAAUCGAGAGUUUCAGAGGCAGGGCAAGGAUGUGGAGAAAGUGAAGCUGAGACUGAUCGAAAUGGCAAACUAUGUGGAUAAGUUCUAUAGGCCACUAAAUAUUCGAAUAGCCUUGGUUGGAGUGGAGAUCUGGAAUGAUGCGGAUAAGUGUGCAGUAACCCAAGACCCAUUCACCACCCUCCAUGAAUUUCUAGACUGGCGAAAGCUAAAACUACUACCUCAUAAACCCCACGACAAUGCACAACUAGUGAGUGGAGUCUAUUUCCAAGGUACUACCAUUGGCAUGGCACCUAUAUUGAGCAUGUGUACUGCAGAGCAGUCUGGAGGUAUUGUUAUGGAUCAUUCUGAUAGUCCUUUGGGAGCAGCUGUAACUCUGGCUCAUGAACUGGGCCAUAACUUUGGGAUGAACCAUGAUACACUGGAAAGAGGUUGCAACUGCAAAGCAUCUGCUGACAAAGGGGGCUGCAUCAUGAACCCUUCGACGGGUUACCCUUUUCCCAUGAUGUUCAGCAGCUGCAGCAAGAAAGACCUGGAAAACAGUUUGGAAAAAGGAGUGGGGAUGUGUCUGUUCAAUCUGCCAGAGGUAAAGGAAUCCUUUGGUGACCCAAAGUGUGGGAACGGCUACGUAGAAGAAGGAGAAGAAUGUGACUGUGGUGAACUUGAGGAAUGUACGAACCAGUGUUGUAAUGCUACUACCUGCACUUUAAGAUCAGGAGCCUUUUGCGCCCAUGGACUUUGCUGUGAAAACUGCAUGCUGAAGCCAGCGGGCAUCUUAUGCAGGGAUGCCAGUAAUUCCUGUGACCUUCCCGAAUUCUGCACUGGAGGCAGCCCUCACUGCCCAGCCAAUGUUUACUUGCAUGACGGACAUUCCUGCCACAGGGUGGACGGAUACUGCUAUAAUGGCAUGUGCCAAACCCAUGAACAGCAAUGCAUCACACUCUGGGGGCAAGGUGCUAAGCCUGCUCCUGGGAUAUGCUUUGAAAGAGUCAAUUCUGCAGGCGAUCCUUAUGGAAAUUGUGGCAAAGAUUCCAAAGGUUCCUUUGCCAAGUGUGAAGCCAGAGAUGCUAAGUGUGGAAAAAUUCAGUGUCAAGGUGGAGCAAAUCGACCUGUAAUUGGUACCAAUGCUGUCUCCAUAGAAACAAACAUCCCACUACAGGAAGGAGGCAGAAUCCUGUGCCGUGGAACUCAUGUUUACCUGGGAGAUGACAUGCCUGACCCUGGUCUUGUCCUCAUUGGAACCAAGUGUGCAGAUGGAAAAAUCUGUCUCAAUCGCCACUGCCAAAAUACCAGUGUAUUUGGUGUUCAUGAAUGUGCAACAAAAUGUCAUGGCCGUGGAGUCUGCAACAAUAAAAAAAAUUGCCACUGCGAGGCGCACUGGGCUCCUCCCUUUUGUGAUAAGGCAGGAUUUGGUGGCAGUGUAGACAGUGGGCCCCUUAGACAAUCUGAUAACCAGAGUUUAAUCAUAGGACUGCUCAUAACCAUCCUGUGCCUUCUGAUUGCUGGUUUGCUUAUGUACGUCAAAAGGAAGAUCUUGAUUAGACUGCUCUUUAUUAAUAAGAAGACUACAAUUGAGAAAUUAAGGUCUGUGACUCCAGCGAGACCUUCCAGUUCGUUUGAACCUAAUCAUUUCCCUACUGCAACACUUAAUAAAAAUCUAGACCAAAAGCCACAAAAUUUGUACACACAUAAGAGAAACGAUCCGCAAAGGAUGCUAAAAUAUCAGGCAGGUGACAUUAGUAAGCCUGUGAAGACUCAGGAUAGAUGGCGAUCAAGCCCACCGGAGCGUGCCUUGCCUUCCCUUUGUGAGCUACCCUGCCAACAUUCUGUUCCUAGGAAGCUGCUGCCUGCUAUUCCUUCUCCGAGACAUGAGCAGGAAUCUUGCAAGCCGAGUCCUCCUAGAAAGCCUUUGCCGGCUGAUCCUCAGAAAAGCAAAAGUGCUCAUUUCACCAAUGCCUCCAGAGCAGCACAUGAGUUUCCUAAACCUGUGUGUCAACUUUCUUCUGUUAGGCCUGCACCAAAACAUCUGCUUCAUGGGCACAGAUCCUGCAAUGCUGCCUAUAAGCAAUGACAAAUUGGAACACUACAAUUUUAUCCUGGAAAGUGAAGACAGAAGUUUGCACUAUUUUCAACUCUAGUUGGAGAUCCAUAUUUUUAUAUCAUUAGGUAGAAUUUUUUUAAUGUUCAGAAUCCCAUUAUUUUUAAGAACUCUGGGCUACUGCCUUUGGUGCUAUGUGAAGGUGGGGUGCGUCCUUGCUCAGGUACUUGUAAAUUAUUAUUUUAUAUUGAAUAUUUAUUACAGUGUAGAGCACUGUAGUAGAUAUUGUUUCACCAUAACCAAAUUUUCCAAGGAAGGAAGCCAUUUUUAUGCUUUUUAAGCACACAGGAACCCAUCCUUCAUUACAAAUGUCUCAGUGGGUUGUACACAUUCUUUAAAGGUGGUUAUAAUUGGGAUCCGUUUCUUCCAGCAAGCUGAAAGGAAACUGAAAGCGAACAGCUAAAAAUACACAUCCAAAAGUCAGUUUUAAAUCAAGAGUGGAUAACCUGGGAGUAGAUAACUUUUGAGGGUCCAGGGAGCAUUGUUGUGCCCUACAGACCCCUAUUUGGGAUAAUAAAUAGCAACUUCCGGCUGCAACUCUUGGCUUUGCCUGGGUGUCCUCCUGGUUGUUUCAGGGGUGUCAAACUUCAUAAGUGGAGGAAUUGUGGGCCUAUUAAAUUUUCAGCAGUUGGGUAUUCAACAUGGCCUGAGAUAAAGAAACAUGAGCAAUAGUGAUGCCAGCAAGCCACAAAACCUCAUGCCUCUAUUUCUUUUCCAGUAGAUUGGUCUGAAAAGGUGGUAGUGCAACAGUGCAUGUCACAGGGUCUGCAGGCAGUAUUUCGUUUAGUCCUUACUCUGUUGCUGUAUUGAGAAGUAACUGUCAGUUACCCUGAAUCAGUUUAAAGUAUAUAUAAGACACAGGGAUAGGAAAUUCACUAACUCAUUUUACCAAUUUGGUAUUUAUCAUGAAGUGAAAUAGGGACACUAAAAUGGAAGACAGACAGCAACUGAUUGGAGGGAAAUAAUGCAAAAAUGUGAUACAGUAGAGUCUCACUUAUCCAACACUCACUUAUCCAACGUUCUGGAUUAUCCAGCGCAUUUUUUUUAGUAAAUGUUUUCAAUAUAUCGUGAUAUUUUGGUGCUAAAUUAAUAAAUACAGUAAUUACUAAAUAGCAUUACUGUGAAUUGAACUACUUUUUCUGUAAAAUUUGUUGUAUAACAUGAUGUUUUGGUGCUUAAUUUGUAAAAUCAUAACAUAAUUUGAUGUUUAAUAGGCUUUUCCUUAAUCUCUCCUUAUUAUCCAACAUAUUCGCUUAUCCAACAUUCUGCCAGCCCGUUUACGUUGGAUAAGCGAGACUCUACUGUAUAUGCAAAUACCUUAUUAUAUAUCUCCAUCAUUGUGGUUUAGAAUAAUUGUUUCAAAGGAUAUUGAAGACAUGAAUUUGAGACUUGAAGACUUGUCCAAACAUCAAAAAUCUCAUGUUGAUGAUAAAUCUAGCCCCACUUAGCAAAUGUCUGGCUUAAUACCCUGUAGGCCACAGCAACAGGUUCUAGAUUUAAUAUCACAUAGGUAUUCAUUUCAGGUAUAGUACUUGUUCUUAUCAACUAAUGAUCUUAUUCAAAUUCACAAUGUGUUUUAGAUAUAUUUUCAGAUUACACUGAGACAAAUCAUAUUUCAAGAGGCUGUGUUUUUUAAUUUUGUAAUGAAAACGAAGGCUUAGUAUGCAAACUUUGACCUUGUUCAUGGUUUUUGAUAGUUGAUAGAACAUUUCUGCAUUAAUUAAUAUUUGAGGGUUUUUGGGGUGCUUCUUUAAAAUGGUGCUCUAAUAAUCCCUUACAUUCAGUGCAAUACAAGGUAUUGAGUCCUUUGCAGUAGUCUGGGCUGCAGUGGUCAUCAGAUCAUAUGGUUAUGUUGCUACUUUGUUGUGUGUCUUCAAGUCAUUUCUGUCUUAGGACAGGCCUAAGGUGAAACUAUCAUAGGGCUUUCUUGAAAUAAUUUGUUCCCUCUGAGGCUGAGAAUGUGAGUCGCCUAAGAUGGAUUUCCAUAGCUGCAUGGGGAUUCAGAUGGUGGUCUCAUAAUGCAAUGUUCAAGCCUGUAUGCCAUUCUUUUUAUAUUGGAAUCCACAUUUUAAUAUUCUGGCUAUAUGGACAUCUCUGAAUACUUCUUUUAUUUCUAAACAUACCACUGCAAUAGACUGAAAGUUAGACUUUCAUAUGCAUGAAAGAUCCUAAGAUCCAAAAGGUAUUGAUUGGUGUACAAAAUAUGCAUCUUGGUGUUAGGAGAGAAAGCUUGAACUGGAUACCAAAAAAAUGGCUGAUCACAUCAGCAUUGGAGAAAUUACUUUGGCUACACACUGUCCUUGGCAUCACAGGUAACAAAAGCAGGGUUCAGUUAGCAAGACAGGGAGAUAUCUCUGCAUGAAACUCUGCGUCUGAAUCUGGGGCAAGAAACUUAUGACUAUCCAGAUGUUAAUAAUACUUUAUUUAUAUUCCACCCUAUCUCCCCAAGGGGGCUCAGGGCGGAUGACAGUACACAUACAAGGCAAACAUUCAAUGCUGUUUGGAGACAGGACAGAACAGAACAAGAUGGAUGAAAUGUGCAAACCUUCAGAUGUUGUUAGAUUACAACUUCCACUAUGCCUAUUACUAAUCAGUAGUCAGGAAUGAUGGGCUCAUUCGACAACAUCUGAGCUCAUCAUUCCUGACUACUGAUUAGUGAUAGGCAUAGUGGAAGUUGUAAUCUAACAACAUGUGAAGAUUUGCACAUUCCAUGCAUUUGCACUGAGUGGAUUACAUUCACUAGGGCCGGGCUGUGGCGCAGCUGGUUAGUGCCAGCUGCAAUAAAUCACUACUGACAGAGAGGUCAUGAGUUCGAAGCCCUGGUCGGGUUAAGCCCCUGACCAUUAAAUAGCCUAGCUUGCUGUUGACCUAAGCAGUCCGAAAGACAGUUGCAUCUGUCAACUAGGAAAUUUAGGUACGCUUUAUGCAGGAGGCUAAUUUAACUAAUGUACAACACCAUAAAACUGCCAGCAGCUUGUGGAAGGAAUGAGGAAGUACAGUACUUGGUGUCACUAGUGGACGGUGAAACAACAGCUCCCCCUGUGGCCAGAAUCGAGCAUACCCACAUGAAGCUGGAAAGCUGGAAAAUGUUAAACUACCUCUGUGUCUGUCUAUAUGUUGUUUGUCUGAUGGCAUUGAAUGUUUGCCAUAUAUAUGUGCAUUGUAAUCCGCCCUGAGUCCCCUUCGGGGUGAGAAGGGCGGAAUAUAAAUACUGUAAAUAAAUAAAUAGAGCACAGCUUCAGGGAGUUUGUGUGUACAUGUAAGAGAAAGAUGGAGAGAAAGGAAGGAAAAUGCCAAAUAUUGGUCUACCAGUCCCAGUGUUCUCUAUUCUGAUCUUUCAUAGGUCUUAGGCAAAGAUCAUAUGACCCUCUAAGAUGCUUUGGAAAUAUCUCAGUAUUUCUUGGGAAAUAUUUCAAAACAGUAGUCGCCCCCUCCACAUUUGCAUUUUGUCUUUUGGGGACUUCAUUAUUCACAGAUUUGAUUAAAAUGAUAUCUCUAUGGAAUCUUUAGGUUCUCCAGUAUUACUCUAUGGCCAACUUCCUUUGGUCAUGCUGGAGAACAUAGAGAUUUCUAGAGAUAACACCUCUCUAGGAAUCUUUAGAUCAUGCAAUGCAAUUCUGUGGUGACCAUCCAGUAGAAGUUGACCAUAAUGUCAUACUGAAAGAUCUAGAAAUUCCUAGAGAGGUGUUCUUCCAGAAAAUAGCAAUUUAUUUAGGUUUCCAUUUUUAUGGGGGGUUUUGUGCCCUAAUGUGGCACUAAUGUGGAGGACUGAAUGUAUUUCCUUCUUUCUGUCCAGGUCACCAUAGCAGCCUCUCAGAUUGGAUUCCAUUAAUAGCAGCAAUGGACAACUAGCCUAUACAUAUAAGAAGUGGUUCAAACAGAGUUCAGGAACAUCAGCACAAGCUGUUUUAGCAUCUUUUACUUGUACUUAUGAGCUUGAGCCAGCUUUGUUUCUCCCAUCUAAUUGCUUUCUUUAUUAGUUCUGAAGGGAACUUAUAGAAAGAAAACAUAUUAAUAUAAUCUGUUUCUAUCUGUCAACAUAGGGUUGACAAAUCAUUUAUUCCCUGCUACAUUAAACUGGAAUAAAUGCAAUUGUUAGUCAGAGUAAACCCACUGAAUCAAUGAGAACUUGGUAAGAUUUCCAUUAGGAAAGUACAUUGAUUUAAUGGGUCUACUGUGGUUGGGACUAGUAAUUGAAUUAGUCCUGUUAGACUUUUGGUCAUCUACAAUGUGCUAAUAUCCAAACAUUCAAUAGUCAGUGCUUCUUUAAGAAGAGAAACAGAACUUGAAGACCAUUUGACAUUUUUGGUCUAAGUAAUUUAAGUCCUCCCAUUACUGGGCUCUGUAUCCAGGCAACCACAGCACCCAUACUUAUGAAGAAACAGAACAAAUAUAUCCACAUAACAAACAGAAUCAAUAAAACAAAAGAGAGCGAUCUCUUAAGAAAAACAGUUUGGUUCCUAAAGCUUAUGUAUGUUCCUGUGCAACUAUAUUUUAAUUUAUAUGGCAUUUUUGAAUAUAUUAAUAUAAUUCUAAAUGAGGAAAUUUACAGACGGCAAUAUCUAUAUUUUAAGGAUAGGAUUUGGCAUUUCAACUGAAAGGCAGGUGUUCCUAGGAUUUUUUAAAAUUACUUCUUGUGCAUUUUGAGCCGUCCCCAUUUCCCCUCAAAAGCACCCUGGCCAUUUCAUUCUAUUUGACUGGCAUUCAUAAGCAAUUCUUUCUGCAUUAAUCUAGCUAUAACAUUUUUUUCCAUAAAGCAAGAAUCCUUGGAAGUAAUUUCCUCAAGAAGAGGGCAGUGUGCAAGUUCUCUCUGUCUCUCUUGACAACCCAUAUGUAAUGCAGCAUCAUAAAGGAGUGGAGCAAUAUAACUUGAGAAAUAAAUUCCUUGUUCAGAAAACAGUGAGUGGCAUGCUGGUAGUAACAUAUGCACAUGGAGGCAUUGCUAAUGUAUCUGUGCCCCUUUCUGGAUGGGGGACGGGCUAUUGCUAUUCCUUUGUGCCCUGUCCAACACCUAUAUCCAGGCUGCUAUCAAGCCUUGGGAAGGGCUUCUACUGUUGGUAACUUGUGGGGAGAUGCAAGUCAGACAAUGAAAUUAUGUCGCUUUGGGCACCAAGAGGAAAAAUGGACUGUGCAAACCAUCCAAGUGUGCACCACCAUUUUGUCCCCUUCCAAGUUGGGACCAGCUGUUUCUUCCUUGUUAGAUCUGGCUCUCAUCCCUGCCUAUAAGCAGCAUUAGCUUGACAGCUGUUUGUCUGGAUAUAUCAACUGCCUGGAGCAGGAUGGGGUUGGGUGAGGACACGAAAUGGUGUGGCUAGAGCAUAAUACUCCAGCUGUUUAGUGUCGGAUCUUGGCCAGUGUUUGCAUACUUUACACCACACUAAGCAGGCAUUGGAGAUAAAAAGGUUUGCACAUAAAGAAUCAGGUUUUGCUAUCACCAUGUCAAUCUGUGUAUGUGUGAAAAGAGGUGAGAUGGGAACUAAACUGAAUGUCACUCGCAAUGUGGAUUUGUAUGUGUUCCUGUCAAUUUAGAUUUGGUCAACAUUGUGUAUUUACUUCUCCAUAUGAUACCAGACUUUGCAUAGAUAUGUGAAAUUGUAGAUAACGGUGAAUGUUAUUAGUUUCAAUGGGACAAACUGUCUGUAUAUUCAUUUCUAAUGAAUAUACAGAUUGUAUAUUCAUUUCAAAUUGUCUGUGUAUUCAUUUCUGAUGUUGGUGACCUGGUCUUGCCAUGAGUUCCUACUACAUGAUGUUUCAAAAAGAUGGACCCCAUUUGAAAUCACUGUAUUUUUUCAAUCAUGAACCUCUCAUUAAACUCUUAUCCCAUGAAAGAAUGGGCCAUAGAGUUUCAAGGCUUACUGCUACGUGCCUCUACCAGCACACAAACAGCCCCUAGCCUCAGGCAUUUGCAAGUUGGCAAUCUUGCAAUAUAAAGCCUAAUUCAGUGUUUUUCAACCUGGGGGUCAGGACCCCUGGCAGGGGUCACAAGAGGGUAUCAGAGGGGUCACCCAAAGACCAUCAGAAAACACGUUUUUCUGAUAGUCUUAGGAACUCCUUUGGCAGAGAAGACUGAAGAUCUCUCCGCCUGUCCUCCUCCUCCUUUUUGGAAACAGAUGAUAAAUCCUCCCACCAAAAGCUCUCCUGCUGUGACUGGAUGCAGGGAGAACUACAAUCCCCAUCAUGUUGGGUCAGUCCCCCCCCCCAAAAAAAAACCCCGCACCAGUAUUCAAAGUUGAUCAUAUUGGGUAUUUCUGCCAAGUUUGAUCCAGAUCCAUCAUUGUUUGAGUCCACAGUGCGCUCUGGAUGUAGGUGAACUACAACUCCAAAACGCAAGGUUAAUGCCCACCAAACCCUUCCAGCAUUUUCUGUUGGUCAUGGGAGUUUUGUGUGCCAAGUUUGGUGCAGAUCCAUUGUGGUCUGGGUUCAAAAUGCUCUUUGAUUGUAGGUUAACUAUAAAUCCCAGCAACUACAACUCCCAAAGGAGUUGUAUCCCCGCCAACCCACCAGUAUUCAAAUUUGGGCAUAUUGGGUAUUUGCGCCAAAUUUGGUCCAGUGAAUUAAAAUACAUCUUGCAUAUCAGAUAUUUACAUUACAAUUCAUAACAGGAGCAAAAUUACAGUUCUGAAAUAGCAACAAAAAAAUUUAUGGUUGGGGGUCACCUCAACAUGAGGAACUGUAUUCAGGGGUUGCAGCAUUAGGAAGGUUGUGAACCACUGGUCUAAUGAGAUAUUCUUCUUUCGUGGGAUUAUUUUUUUAGAUUUAUUUCUGGCUCAAAAUAGUAAUGUUUGAUAACUCAUUACACCAUCUGUAACCUUUUGUGUAAACAUAACAAUUUUGCCAUUGCAAAAUAUACUGCUUUGAAAUUGGGUCCAUUAUUUUGAAACACCCGGUAUUCCCAGACUGAGACCAUUUACUCUAGUGGACUAGAUAUUUUAAAACAGGCACUAUUAGUAAUUUUAUUGGUACUGUCAACCAUUAUUUCCUCUAAAUAUGUGUGUGAAACAAAAUCAAUCAGAUUUUACUGUUACAGCUAGCUUAUGGGAGAAAAGAUGAAAGCAAUUACAUAAUUAAAAGAAUUCAGCAAAAGCACUAAUAAAUUGAACAAAUUGACCCAACUCAUUCCUUAUUAUCAUAGUAACUAUAUUACAAAAAGGAUUAAUUAUUUGAUAUUAAUAAUUAAUAAUUUUAAUAAAUUUAUUAUCUGCCUCUCCCUGUGGCUCGAGGCAGGGUACAACAUAAUUGUCUACGUCCUUUGGUGGAUAUUAUUAAACAUGUGAGCAUAAAUAUAAUAUAUAGGUAAGGAAGCUUCAGAAUUUUAAGUCCCAAAUGUAUGGGUCCGAUCUUUAAGUGGAUCCUAUUUGUAGUCUCUACCACAUCAGUUUUCAUUUCAUGAUAGGAUCAUAUGGGAUGGUCACCUGAGGAUCCUAAGAAUACUGCAGACAUUUGCAGGAAAAGGAGGUUGUCCCACUAGGUCACUAUGGAAAAGAUGAUUCACCUGUGGGGGGUCCUCCUUGGAGACUUGCAGAGCUUUUUUAGCACCAUGGUUGCCCACUGGAUGCAGUUCUUAUGGCACAUAUCAAGGGUGGCCAAGAGUCCUAGGUCCCUGGUCUCAACAUAAAUUAAAACUACUCUGGCUGACAAACUUAUGUACCACUGGAGACAAUGAGUAAAAUAAAUUGGCCACCCCCCCCCCAAAAAAAAUAUUCUACUGUGCCCAACUAACAAAGUGGUAGGAAUUAACACCUAUCUGCUUAUGCCACAAACCUCCUCCCUCCAUUUUAAUGCAAAUCUUCAUAUCUCUGUGGUCAAACUUAUCACACAUAAAUAGCUGUGUUAAGGACAACCAGUUAGAUCAGGUAGAACAUGUAUUAAUUGUGUUCCAUUUGAAGAACUUGAUAUGCAAGAUGGCAAUAUCUGUAUUUACUUGAGUCUAAUGCACCAUCGAAUCUAAUCAGCACCUCAAUUUUCAAAACCCAGAAACCAAAAAAAGUAUUGCUGCCAUAUGUAAUGCACAACAGCAAAAUUACAGCAGCUCUUUGUAAUUUGGCCCAAAAAGGUACACAUUAGAGUUGCUGUCAAAAAAUCCUUCUGACAGGCUUGCCAUGAGUCAGAGGUCCCUUCUACACUGCUAUAUAAUCCACUUUAUCAAAGCAAGAUAAUCCACAUUAUCUGCUUUGAACUGGAUUAUAUAAGUCUACACUGCCAUAUAAUCUAGUUCAAAGCAGAUAAUCUGAAUGUUAUAUGGUAGUGUAGAAGGGGCCUUAGAUUACUGUAUGAUGUGACUCUAAUGCAUACCCCAAUUUUGUCAAGAUCAUUUAGCCAAAAAAAGGUGAGAUUUAAGUAAAUACGAUAAUAAGAACAAAGGCAAAUGAUUUUAUAAUUCCUGAAAGAGAGUCCAUAUUUCUAGAGGGUUGUAAUACACUUUUUAAGUAAGCAAAAUUACUUGAAAACUAAAUGCAAACACUUCUGUUUAUUAGCUCUUGGCAAAUAAUAGGUUUUCCCUUGAUUUCAUGAAAGCGUGCUUUCUCUGGCUAUUUUUUUUAUCUAUCAGCAUUCAUGCAGAAUUUUGCACAUUGUGGAAAAUGGUAUUAAAAUCCAUUUUAUAUUUCAGCAAGGGAAUCCUUAUUUGAAAGUCAGCAAAGGAAUUUAUCUAAAGUGUGCUAAUGAUAUACUUUUGAAGUACCAUAAAGCAAAAAUUACAAUUACUUUAGCAUAUGGCCCAUGAUUUUAGUUGUGAGAAAUGUGGUUAUGUUUUUUGAAAGGUAUACCACCUUGAAUUAGUGAUAAAACGCCACAGGAAAAAAAUUGUUUCAUGAAAUUCUUUCAAGCCUUCUCUCAGCAUGAGUUAUGGUUUCCUUGUUCAAACCCAACAGUGAAACUUCAAUAUAAAUCUCAGUAUUCUGGUAAUGGAUUUCUUUACAAUUAUACAGUGGCAUCCUGUUCCUGAAUUAUGAAGGCAUAAGUCUGAUUCAUGCCAUCACAAUUCACGUUUGUUGUUGUUUUUAAGUUGGAAGUUGCUUCCAAUGUGCAAAAAUCACAUGUCCUCCCAAAUAUCUUAAGCAACACUCCCCAAAUGACCAUGUUCAUGUUUUUGGACACAUAGCUACAGAGACAUCUACAUCUCGGAUGCAACUCCUAUUGCAGUAACAGGAGUAGCAUCUGUGGUGUAGAUGUCUCUGUAGCUAUGUUCCUGGUGAAGGACUUUAGCUUUAGUUUUCAGUAUGUUGUGAUUGAGAGCGAGUGUGGCAUAACAGUUUGGGCAUUGUGGGAUGACAAUUCUGAAGGACCCAGCUCAGCUAUGGAAACUACUAGGUCAAUGGUUCCCAACAUGUGGUUCCCCAGAUGUUUUGGCCUUCAACUCCCAAAACUCCUCACAGCUGGUAAACUGGCUGGGAUUUCUGGGAGUUGUAGGCCAAAAUACCUGGGGACCCACAGGUUGAGAACCACUGUACUAGAUGAUCUUGAAUAUAUCAUAUUCCAUCAGCCUUAGAGGGGAGGAAAAGGAAAACCCCUUCUGAACAAAUAUUGCCAACAAAAAAUUAUAAUAUAAUUGCUGUACAUCAGAAAUAACUUGAAGACACACAAGAAUGUUGUGAUCACACACUUGAUUCUGAAUCUGUUCAUACACAAAUGUCUACAUUUGUUACAGAGGUUGCUGAUUCAAAUUUGUUUUUCCUAAGCUUAUGUGGUGUUAUAGUUAAGAGCUGAACCUCUAGAUCAGAUUUCACUUCUGCCAAGAAAUGGCUAAGCUGGCUUUAGGCAAGCCACUCCUUCUCAAGCCAUUCACCAGCAAAACGUGAAUAAUCAAUUAAUUUAAUACACAGGAUUAUCAUAAGGGAUAAAUGUUUCCACUUAUAUAAACAAUGAAUGUGGAAGGGCUACACUGUACUUUCUCACCAUCACUUCCAUAAAGGUGUGCCCUUCUGUUUCCCAUCUCUGCUUGCAGCAUAUUCAGCUUUAUUGCUAAAGAAUGCAAUAUACGUAAGGCACAUCCAUUUAGGAUAGUUGUUAGAAUCCAUUCGGGCAAAUGAAGAUUCCUUCUUAAGUAAAGGAAGCCCGGCAGAUACAUCAACACUCAGGUAUAGACCCUUCAUGCCAACACAAGGUAGUGUUGGUAGAGGGACCAUGGCAAGGAAUGCCAUAUAAUUACCACCUCCAUUCACUCAGUACUUUGAAUUAGCCACCUCUGGAAGGAUUAUAAAAUCAUUACUAAUGCUGUGUGCUUUUAAAGACCAUAUAAAUGCAAAUGAUAAUACUUAAAUAUUUACUGUAACAACACUGUGUUCACAUGAGGUUUCUGUUCUCUUUCAAAUCUCUUUGUGCAUUUCUCAUCCGUGUUUGCAAACACACAUUGAGAACGCUUCAUGUACCUCUAAAUCGAAGAAAUAAUAAUGUAAUAGAUCAUUUAUUACAGCAGGAAAUACAGGUGAGUCAAUAAUCCCUAAAUUAUCCGGGAUUCUCUUUUCCAAAUUAUUUCUGCUUUGAAUAAAGCUGCCUCACGCUAGCCGAGUCAAGCAAAUUGUGAGUUGACUUCAUAGUAACUGGUGCUGAUCUGUGACAUAUUAUUGUACUGUUAUUUGUUGUUGGCUACAAUGACUAACAAUUUCCUAGAAUGAUACACUAGGAUUCAUUAGGGAAUUUCAUUAUUUUGAAACAUUAAUGGCAGGCACCUUUUUAACUUUAUUAGAAGUGAGCUAUAAAUUAAUAAAUAAAUAGUGAAAUUGGAAUAUCCCUUCCAGACUGCAGCCUCAUGCAGACAUCUUUGUAACUGUACCAGUGCAAUCAAUAAUAUUUUAUAGCUAAGACAAUGCAGAAAAACAAGGCAAGGCUGCACAACAUGAUAUUCCCUUGAACAUUUCUUUCUGGGACAGAAAGAUUUCUCCUGAUUCUUAUGUCAUAUCUUAACUAUCCAGAUUUAUUUUUAGUUUGAAACAAGACAUACAAUAUGCAAUGUGAACUGCCAUUAGGACUGACUUUGGUGAAAAAAAAAGGUGCUAUUCAGUUUUGCAGUAGGAAGAGAAACUGCUAUAUGAUCUCAACUGCUGAUAUCCUGAUCCUUGAUAAUAUGCUCAUGGAAGUUUGGGCCCAUUUAUUGAAAUCAGUGGGAUCUACUUCCAUGUAAUAUGUUUAGAGCAGUAAUAAGAGUCUGUUCAUCACAGGCCAUUUAGCACACUACAAAUGGAUAUUAGAGCUACAUAAACCAUUGCAUUAAUUUUUAUGAACCAUACCUUUAUAAUGCUUUCAGUUAAAUUGCAGUUUGCUAAGCAUUUUUAACAUAACGCACUGUAUAACAGUUUCUUACUUUUGUAAACAUUUUUGUAAAGAUUAUUACAGUAACAUGUUAAAGAAAAGACAAACAUAUCUUUCAAUAACAGAACAAUCUGUUCACUGUUAAAUAUUCUAUAUUAAAUAAAGAAUAAACACAU